AUGGUUUGUUUACGAGAUGCGGAGGAGGCCUUAGCUGCGGAAAAUUGGCGCAGCGCAGCGGAGCUGUUCAGCAAAGGGAUAAAUGAGCUGCGGGAGAACCUGGCAGCCGGACCCAACCUGGCUCUUUUGGUGGCGGCUUACAGUGGCCGUGGCAAGGCGUUGGCCGAGAUGGGACGCCAACGUGGCACGCUGCCAGCGCAAGCGGUCACGCUGAAGGCAGCCUUGGCAGAUGCUCGUGCUGCAGCCGACGGCUGA